GAGCUGCAGCUAGCCACGCCUUCUGUUCUCUGUUCUCUGCUGGAACAUUUUGUUUAGGAAGCCAAAAUAAUUAGAACGGCUGGACAGAUAACAUUUGGUGUCAGCAACUUUUAACAACAAUAACUCUGCCAUUUUAAACAGGCAGGGUUGAACUUCUCCGAAUUUCAACCAGGAAGACGUAAGGACGGCCAACUUAAUUUAAGAGUUUAAGUAAUGACAGAUAAACAAGGAAUCGUUUCAUGGUUACUUUUAACAAAAACGACGUUAUGGAUUUAUGCUACGGGAAGAGAAGAAGAAAGGUAAGCGGCAGAGUGCGGAGCGGCAGGCGGAGCGUGGCCACCAAGAUGAAGCGGGAGGCGGUAAAGGUCCUUCGCUCCCUCACAGUGGAGAACAACAACAAGCCCGCUGAGGCCAUGGACGAGGAAGAGGGCGAAGACUGCUUCACUAUCCCCUUCCUCCGGAGCGACCCCUCCAGACCAACUGCGAACAUGUCUCCCCGGUACAGUCUGCUCCGGGAAGUGGGUCGGGGAAGCUACGGAGUGGUGUACGAGGCUAUGGCCAGGAAAACAGGGUCCAGGGUUGCGGUCAAGAGGCUCCAAUGCGAUGCCCCAGAAAACGUCGAACUGGCCUUGGCAGAGUUCUGGGCCCUGACAAGUCUGGAGAACCGACACCAGAAUGUAGUUCAACUAGAGGAGUGCGUGCUGCAGAGGAACGGCCUGGCCCAGAAAAUGAGUCACGGUAACAAGAAGUCCAAGCAGUACCUGCGCCUAGUGGAGACCUCUCUCAAAGGGGAGCGCAUCCCGGGUUACCCGGAGGAGCCUUGUUACCUUUGGUUCGUCAUGGAGUUUUGCGAAGGUGGAGACCUCAACCAAUACAUCUUGUCUCGGCGACCAGACCCACAGACCAAUAGGAGCUUCAUGCUUCAGCUAACAAGUGCCAUUGCAUUCCUGCACAAGAACAACAUUGUCCACCGGGAUCUGAAGCCAGACAACAUUCUCAUCUCACAGAAAUCUGGUUCACCUGUACUUAAGGUAGCAGACUUUGGUCUCAGUAAAGUUUGUGCCGGACUAAACUUCAAGAACAGUGAAGAGGAUCCUACAUCAAGAGCUGGUGGCAAAGGGAGCAACCAGAACAACAUUGUGAACAUAAACAAGUUCUGGUUAUCAUCAGCUUGUGGCUCAGACUUCUACAUGGCCCCAGAGGUUUGGGAGGGCCACUAUACAGCGAAAGCGGAUAUUUUUGCCCUUGGCAUCAUCAUUUGGGCAAUGAUCGAACGUAUCACAUUCAUUGAUGCAGAGUCGCAACGUGAACUCUUGGGCACUUAUGUUCGACAAGGCUCUGAGAUCAUACCUGUUGGGGAAGCUCUGCUGGAGAACCCCAAGAUGGUUCUUCACAUCCCUCAGAAGGCCAGAAGCUCUAUGUCUGAAGGGGUAAAGAAACUUCUUCUGGACAUGCUUGCCGUAAACCCUCAGGACCGACCAGAUGCUUUCCAGCUAGAAAUGCGGAUGGAUCAAGUCAUUUGUGCUGCGUGACCAACACCUCCAGACUUUUCCCUUUGUUAAGAAGAGACCCAUUUCUUUUCCAGUUUUGUCGACUACACAGCCAUGGACUGGUAAGGAAAACGGACUCUGACAACCUGAACUGUGAAGACUCACAAUCCUGAGCUGAGCUACAAGUGACAAACUAGACAAAUCCAAAUCUCUGGGACAGAAAAUAUGCAAAUAAAUCAGUCAGUUUUUUUCUCUAUAUGCAUAAUGGGGAGAUGGACAAUGCCAGAGUCAUAGAGUGCUGGCUAAAUAAGAAAGCAACUUUCCUUUUGUAAUAUAGACUUUUUUGUUAGAUAAGCCUGUUCUUCCUUUUGUACUGUUCAGAACUGUGAUGCAGGUUAACUGACUGUAAUGCUCCAGUGUUUUCAUUGUUUAAAGCUUUCAUGGGAGUUAAAACUCGGAAAACAGAAGACUGCUACCCCAAAACAUCCUUGUGCCUUUCAGAGGAUUCACACCAAGUGCAAUUGGAUCUUUACAAGAAUUAAUUUUGUAGAUUCUAAACCAAGAUCGAAUUCUAAUAGGUCUGUUAACUUGUGAAGUUUCAGGCUGAUGAAAUGUGCAACUAAUGAACUCAAGCAUGUAUUUUGUUUUGUUUUUGAAUUGAUGCAUAAGCAGGUAUGAUGUAAGGUGGGAUUGUUUGGAACACUGAGGUGCAAUUAGGAAUCAGAAAAAUAUCCCAAACGCUUGCAUAAAGAAAAUUACACGUGUAUUAAUAUUAUCUAAAUCCCCUCUACUACAUUCCGAGAAAGUAAUGAAAGUCUAUCGGGUUUUUUUCUGUUGUUGAGGUGAACUCAACCGAGCAGGCCUUUAAACCUGUGCAAUUGUAAUCAAACAAGCCGAAUUUAAACUGGUCUUAUUGGGCAUUAGUUCCUAGUUAAUCCAAAGAGUCUCUGUUGGACCAAAUGCACACACAGUUUUCUUUGCAAUAAGAUAUUUUUAGAGGUAAUUCGUGACCAAGGGAAUCUAUUUUUGAUGAUUUUACAGCGCUUGCAGCUGUUUUGGCAACUGAAUGUUUUUUAUGUUGAGGUUGGGUGACUGUGGCAUUUUGAACUCUUACACUGUAAGAAAAAUCUCUAAAAACAUAAAAAUGUGCACAUACUUAAUUGCACCUUAUUUUCAGAGCUUGGGAUGGGUUUAAUAUGGUUGAUUUGAAGUGGGUAGUCCUGAGUCUUCAAAAAUUUCACUCGCUGAUGUGAUUUGGAGUUUAUCUCAGCACAUUUUAAGAUAUCUAAUUUGAGAAUAAUUCCCAAAGGCACCCAGGGAUGUUUAUCAGUUUCUUUUUCCUUCCCUCUUUUUAUUAAAGUAGUUUGGACUCUUAAAUGGCACACAAUGCCAUUUGGUUGUAGCCUCCUGACAGGAAUUCACUGAAAGUCCACUACAACGGAGCCCUAUGGGUAAAUGAAAAAUGCAGAGCCAGGGUAAUAGAAAUACAGAGAAGGCAGCACUUAAAACUGGGAAGUCUGAAAAGUUGUAAGCAGCCGUUCAUUGGAUUCCUGCUUUCAGUGCUCAGUGGCAUGGUAGUAGUUUGACACUCAGAGACAUGUGUUUUCUUUGUGGCCUGAUCCUGCCAUGACUGUUUUUUGAAUAACCUUCUUUUAGCUUUUAAAAUAGGGUGCACUUGGGUUGAGUGGGAAAUAUUCUUACCUCAGAAUCAAUGUCUUACUUUGAAGAAGCUUUUGAGCGACUUUUUCUUGUGAUGUUCUGGUUGAAGGUUAACGCCUGACUUUUCCUAUAAUUCUAACAAAUCGUGCAUCCAAUUCCCCUUUAUUAUAUGCAGUAUGUAGUCUUCAUUUAAAAACUACAGCUUCCAUAAGGGUUUUAUGAGGGCUUCCUGUUAAGCCAGACCAUGCUUUACAGCACCCUGGGCACAUCUGGUCAUUUAGAUGGCCUGGCUGGCAUAAGAUCAACAGGAAAAUCUAAAACUCUAAAGAGAGAACAAUUUACAUGUAACAGUAUACCGUCAAAGGUACAUUGGCACGCUAAGUUUGGACAGAACAGACACUGCAGGGCUUACAUUUUUGUUAUAAUAAGCUUGAGUGAAAUACAAGAAUUUGCACAUUUUUCACAUUUGUUUUUGUAGUUUUGUAUAAAGUUUAAUUUAUCAGCAUGGUGGGCCACAUUUCAUUGGUCAGCAGCAGGCUUUACUGUAUUUUGCUCAGUCCCUCUACAAAACUCAAUUAUGUGGUCCUCUGGGAAUAUUAGUUACACUGUUCCUGGCCCAAAAGGCUUGGCAGGUUUAGUUAACUAAUCUCAUUAAAUGUUUACUGUGUCAAUAAAGUGACAUGUAGUUACAUAAAUUUAAUUUGCAAAGAACUGAAUGGUGGCGAGCCUACUUUACUGGCAUAUAUGGCAACAUAUUUGUUUGUUGUACACGCGUGCUCCCAUUUAACCGUGUUGACAGUAAGCUUCUCAGUUUGGAUUUUGAACUCUCCAACACUUAAGGGAGCUGUAGACGUUUAAAAAAUACAACUAGCUGUAAUGGUACCAAACAUCAAACUGUGAAGGUUUCCUGUUCUAGCAUGUAAUUGUGCUUUUCUUAAAUCUGGAGGAUGUUAAUUCUGUCUUUGUCAACACUCUUCUCUAAAUGUGUUUAAUUUGUUUUAGGUACCACACCCAGUAAAAUUUCAUUGUUCAUGUUCCAAACCAUUGGCACAGUUUGUGCCCACUUGCCCUGCUGCUGUAUUUUUCAUAUACAUUUCUGCAGAGUAUUAAUAAUUUCACUUGAACACUAUGCAACAAAAGGGUUAAUUGUUUCACUGUGAAUGCUGCAUAGAACCACACCAUACUCAAACUGUUGAUAUCUUGAACUGUCUGGAUGUUUUAGUGUAUACAUAAUUCUUUCAUGUUUAAAAUAGCGACUUUUUUGUUGUUAAUGAAGCCAAUGGAAGCCAUUUGAUGUUUGAGAAAUCAUCUGCUUUGUGCUGUAAAUAUCUUUGACAACUUUUCUGCAAAUAAACACCUUAAAAUGUGUAUUAAAUAGAAUUCUAC